CUAAGCUUCUGUCCUUUACUGUUGACUCUGUGUCAACAGAUAACUAUUAUUCAGAGUAUGUAUUUCUCAUUUUUUGUUCCAGAUGUUAAUCCACAAUGUGGAGGGUACCUUAGUGGUUCUGGAUCUUUCUCCAGCCCCUACUAUCCAAACUACUAUCAUGACAAUGCCCGCUGUGUGUGGAGGCUGUCCGCUCCCUCUGGGCAGAGGAUCCUCCUGACAUUUUCAGACCUGGAGCUGGAGCGCUGCUGUGACUGUGACUACAUCACCGUGUAUGACGGCCCCUCGGUAUACUACAGUCAGCUGGGUCAGCUCUGCUACAACUCCUCUCUGGAUACCUUCCACUCCUCCUCCAGCGACAUGACCGUGGUCUUCCGUAGUGAUCGUGAAGGAGUGAGUCGUGGCUUCCGGGCAGAAUUCAUUAGCUCCCUGCCAACUGAUAAAGGCAGGGUUGAGUGUUCCUCAGACAACAUGAACAUUGUCAUUUCAAGAUCUUUCCUGAGCUCUCAGGGAUACAGUGGUCAUGAUGUUUAUAUCAAUGAUGAGCACUGUCGGCCAACUAUCAACAAUUACCAGGUGGUGUUUAACUUCCCUCUCAACCGCUGUGGAACUGUGAGAGAGUAUUUUGAAAGGGGUCGGGUCAUUUAUCAGAAUGCCGUGCGGGGACAUGGAUCCAGUUCUGGGGUGAUCACACGUCAGUCAGGGUUCAAGUUGUCUGUUGCCUGCCACAUGGAAAAAGACUCUGUUUCACAGAUAAUGUAUGAGGCAUUAGAGGGAAUUGACUUUAACAUCACUGGAAGGGCGUUUCAACACCACCAUGGCUUCUUCACCUCCGGAAGUUUCUACCAGCAAAUCUAUGAGAGUCCCUACAAAGUCUCUCUUAAUGAGUACAUGUAUGUUCAAGUAAGCCUAAGGAGAGAUGACAGCAGCCUCGUCCUCUUCCUGGACACAUGUGUGGCCUCACCAAACCCACAUGACUAUGCUGACUACCGCGCCUAUUAUCUACUGGUCAAUGGGUGUCCGAGAGACAACACAUUCUCCACCCACGUGAGCGGUUCUCGUAGUUACGCACGGUUCAGCUUCCAGGCUUUCAAGUUCCUGCGGACACACUCCUCUGUGUACUUGCAGUGCAAGGUCCUAAUCUGUCCUGCCAACGACUACAACUCCCGCUGUCGCCAGGGUUGCCGCACCCGCAAGACUCGAAGCCUGGGCUCUCAGCACCAGAUGGCCACCAUGGUGCUGGGGCCUAUCACGCUGAAAGAUGUGGAGAAGUCUGCAGUGGAGAGGCUUGAGGACAAAGUGGCUAAGGUCGAUGCCUGAAGACACCACUAGUGUUCUCAUCAGUCCAGAAUAAUCACUAAUUCAAUCUAUCAUCAUUUCCUGCCUAUGAAUCAUGUCUGUCAUGAUGGCACUCUGAUGCCUUACUGAACAUGUAUUUCUUUCUUUCUUUCCGUAACCUUUUGCCUCAACAAAAUUAUUAAAUCAUUCCAAAAGACAA